AUGAGGUGGUCUUGUGAGCGCAAGGGAGUAGAUGGUGAGGGAGUUUACAAGAAUCCAGCAGCUAUUACAACAGCGACUACCAAACCGGCACUUCCCAUCUUCAAGUUUCCUGCACCGCUGUUCACGGUUGAUAUUGGGAGGAGCGAAGAUGCGGGUGUUGGUGCGGCCAUGAUACCUCCGGUUCCAGUAGCAGCGCUGGUGUACUUUGAGAUUGUUCCAACGCUCACUGGUGGAGUGAAGGUUGAGGCUGCUGGGGUGGAAGUAGACGAGGAGGAAGUGGAGGUUGAGGAAGAGGAAGAGGAAGAGGAGGUGCUGGUAGAUGAUCGCGACGAAGUAGAAGUGACAGUUGCGACAACCUCGGAGACGGUAAUGGUUUUCGUCAUCGUCUGGGUGGAAGUUUGA